GUUUUAUUUUGUAGUUUACGAACCAAGUCUGCAAAGAAAUCCACAUCUCAGGCUCUUAUUUUGAAGGUGCCUCCGCCAGCUGCCCGGAUGUGCCUCCAUUCCAAGCUCCCGUCGGCAGCAGCAGCGUCUCUUCGUCACUGCGGUGGUAAAGUGUCAGUUAGCUCCUUCAGUCCUGACCCAGCAGAGUCUCUGUAUGUCUGGAUAAACCUCUGAAUGGACUUCUAGAGGUUCUCCUUUGGUUCUGGAUGUUGUUCCUCGGACUCAUCUCCCGCUACAAAGACAUUGAAGUUAGCUUAGCAUGCUAACAGCGCUAGUCCCAGUUUAAAGGAGAGGAAACGGGCUUUGUGACGGACUUUGUGUGGAGAAAACGUUUCUGUCGUUGGGGGGAAAUGUCUAAAGUCCAAAUGCUGAGAUGUUUCGUCAACCAGCGACUCACUGCGGCUGCGCAGGAGAUAUGUGGGCUGUUUGAAAGAACGAUAGCAGAGUACGAGGAGGAACUUUGUAGUUCUCAAGAGGAGAACGAGCGACAACGGAAAUUGCUGGACGCCUUUCUAAAACCGGAAGUCCAGAAACAACGAGCAGAGGACCAGGAGGACCAGGAGGACCCGGACUCCCCCCCAGGCAUUAAGGAGGAGCAGGAGGAGCUGUGGCUUGGUCAGGAGGCCGGUGCCAAGUUCUCCUUCAGCCCUAUGACGAGUGAAGAUGAUGAAGAGGAGGCUCAGUCCUCUCAGCUUCAUCAAAGGCUAACUGAACACAUGGACACAGAUGAGGAUGAAGAGGAUGAAGAGCACUGUGGAGGACCAGAACCAGUACGCCGCCGGCCCCCAGUAUGGGGAGGAAGGUGCAUCCCACUCCGAGCCUUGGUGGAUUCUGGGGCGGAUGCCAACUAACCACCACAAAUCGGUGCCUUUACGGAUCAUUCCCUCCCUUCAUGCCUCACUGGUCUCAGGACAACCUUGGCUUGAACUGCACAAUCCCCACGUCGAUUGGUCUACGGGAUGCGUAGCUAGUUGGAGCGCCUUCAGCCACUCUCACUGAGUCCAGUCGGCCCCAGCUCCCACUGGAUCUGCCGGCACGCCCACUAUCGAGGCCCCGGACCUGACGUUAGUCCCGCCCACUUACCGUGACCUAGAGGUGUUCAGCAACCAGCGGGCCUAAACACCGGCCCACAUCGACCCGAUCACUGGGCCAUCAACCUGCUCCAAGGCGCCCCCUCACCCUCUAGGCGUGUCUUUAAUCCGUCUCGCCCAGAAAGAGAAGCUAUGGAGAGCUUCAUCCACGACUCCCGAGCAGACGGUUUCAUCCGCCCCUCCUCCUCCCCUGUUGGCGCUGGGUUCUUCUUCGUGGGUGUUGUGGCUGGAUUUCUUCCUUUUUGGUCCAUUCUGACUAAUCUCUUAACCUGAUGCUUAUCAACUUGUAUCUCUCUCCUAUCUGACUGUUGGUGAGACGCCACAGGAGACACACACACACACAGACUCACAAGAUACUCACCCUCUGGACCUCAGUAAUCACCCACAGAACACAGAGAUGGUUUAACCCUUUCAUGCAUCAAAACAUAAACUAAAUACAGAAAUAAUAAACUGUCACACGGUGGAGGAACGAUACGCUCCUCCUUCCCCCUGCUGCAGCCAUGCCGUCACUAACUCAUCGAGAGGCCGCAAUCAUGAAGAUGAAUGUCUUCCAAUAUAUUUUUCAUAUUCUAGUUCCCUUUUGCACAAUAAGCAUGAUUCAGAAAUUAAAUUAUUAAUAUUCCUGAAAUUCCAACUGAGCAAAUGGCAUCCUAACAACCAGCUGUGAGGGCAGCACUCCCACGCUGACCCAGGACCUUUGUUUGGUCCAGUCUGAGACCACAUGUCCUUUGCUCUCUGUAUGUACCUUGUGGAUUGUCUCUUCAGGGCAUCCUUAGACUCUGUACUGCUGCCUCUUCUCUGAGUGGAGAAUUAAAGAUCUCAUCCAUCAUCGCAACAAAUAUGCAGGAAAUAAUCACAGAAACUGCUCCUUGAAAAUAUAACAGAGUUCAUUUAUCUGAACAAUACCGAUCAAAUUAAAUAAUAGUAUAGAUCAAUGAUAAAUAUAUUAUACAAUUACAAGCAAUUCUCAGGGCAUCUAGCAAUAACAAGCUGUCUGUGUGUUAGUUUGAAAAGAAGAAACAAAACCAGAGGAAAACACUCAGAACCGGGCAGACCCUCGCCGUGUAGAACAGUAGUUGUAUCCCACUAAAGAAGUGUGGAGCGAUGACUGAUGUCGCCUGACAUAUUCUUGGUGGAGGAUUUAAACUCGACAAAGCUCAGAGGCGUGGAACGCUCUUACAGAAGCUCCAAGCCCAGAUGGAAGUGAGUCACUGCCCCAAGAGAGGGAGGUAGGUACCUGAAGGGCUUGUUUACAAGUGAGGGAGUGAAAUGAAUGUUUAUCAAAAGCAGAACGUCUAA